GCUCAGGAAAGAGCUCGGUAAGGUCGCCCCCGGCAUCAACCUGGCUAACGACCUGUCCGGAGGUAGCGGUGGUCCCGGUGCGGCCGGCGUCGGCACCGUCGGUGGGACCGUCGGUGGGACAUCCGUCGGCGGCGGAGGCGCCGGCGGGACUGCUGGUGGCGGUGGCGCCUCAUCUUUACCAACUACUGCACUUAGCCUCGAUCAUCAACAAUUCAAUAUAUUCCCGGCUAUAUUUAGCCGACAAUUAAAUUUUUCUGCCAAUUGCGGCCAGAACAAACUGAUGGACGAGCUAAGGCCAAAUCUCGGCUUACUCGGUGUUGGCCUUGUUGAAAACGACAGCUUCCAUUUGAAUCAUAAUCAAGAAAAAAGGAAAUGUAGCAGCGCGAGCUCGAACGAACAGGACUUUGGGCUCUAUGGGGUACACCAGGGACUCGAAGCUAGCCCACCGACGCCUGCGGCUACACCAGGAAGAAGCAGCGUUGGGGCCACCACUACCGUCGGAGCCGAAGGAGCUUUUAAAAAAUUAAAACCAGACCCUUGCGCCUCUAGCCCUCACAUUGGCCACACACCCACCACCGCGAGUUGUCCUACACCGGCACGACGUCGGCACAGGACUACCUUUACCCAGGAACAGCUGGCAGAAUUGGAAUCGGCGUUCGCAAAAUCUCAUUAUCCUGACAUAUACUGCAGAGAGGAAUUGGCGAGGACCACCAAAUUGAACGAGGCUAGAAUUCAGGUCUGGUUCCAGAACAGAAGAGCGAAAUAUAGAAAACAAGAGAAACAAUUGCAAAAGGCACUAACUCCGAUACCAGCAUGCCAAGGUGCUAUGAUGAGGAACAUAUAUCCUGGUGCUAGCAGAGGCUAUCAACCUUAUCCACAUCCACACAACAGUAUAAACGGAAUUAAUCGUUAUCCUCAGAUGGGCACGACGUCUUAUCCCAGCAUGACCCAACCCUUCUCUAUGUCACAUUCGGCGUCAAAUAUGUCGGCGGUUACCGGUAUGCGACAAGACGCGAUGGGCAUGUCAGCGGAGGACGAAUGGUACAACAAGAGUAUUUCAGCCCUAAGAAUGAACACAGCCCAUCAUCCUAAUCUCGCCGCACCGAUGUUGCAGUAUCAAACAUAAUUGUAAACGUUAUACCGUUGUAAAUGUUAAUAACCGAUCGAAUAAUAAUAAUUUAACUUAACACGUCAUUGGACUAAUAUUACAUCGAGAACGGACGAGAAAAAAUGGCGGUCCUUGUUGAUCGUGUUACCUAAUUUGAAAUAUAUUACAAGAAAGAUAAAGUAUUUAAAAAAAGAAAGAAAUAAAGGAAGGAAGGAAGGACAGGGA